GUCGCAGCUGCUUGUGUAUAUCCGUCCCAGGGAGUCCACCGCCAUCGCGUAGAUCCAGGCCUCGUGAACGGCCACUUCUUUUUUAAGUGAUAGUUCUUUGGUCCAUACCUGAAAAUAUCAAUGGAUUUACUGCCUGUUGAGAUAUUGGAGAAAAUUUUCAAAAAUCUUCGCUACAGUGACCUGAGACAGGCUUCUGCCGUUUGUCAUCUUUGGUAUGAUGUCUACCAACGAUCGGGGUUCAUGUCCAAGAUGGUACUACACUUCAAGAAGGAACUGACACCGGCCACAAUAGGGCUAUUCCUGCAAAGCGAAUGCCUCUAUCAGAACAUACGCUUCACUUCGAUUCCAUUCUACGACGUGGCUAGAUCGAAAAGAAACCUUUGCCGAAAAGAUAUCAUCUACGAGGAUGAGUGCUUCAUUCAGCACCUUCGAAAGUUGAUACUGAAAUUCAAAGAUUCGCUUCAAAUCCUCUCAUUCUGCAAAUGUCAUCUGGAGCGUGGAAGAUUUCUGGAGUUGGUUCAAAUAGUACCCACUUUGAAAUUUCUUGACAUUGAAGAGUGCAUCUUCGCCGGAGAAGACUGCGACGAAGUGCUUCGUCUGCCUCAGCUCAAAAAGUUUAACUUUAAAUAUCCGGAGGAUGAAAUACAACGUUUCGAAUCGGGACACAUCUACCGGAAUCUGUCCCAGAAUGAAUCCUGUCUAGUCAAGUUAAAGGUUCAGCUGUUUGUGAACGAAAUGUUCGAAGAUCCCGACAGUGACCUUUGGGAUCAGGUGAAAGCAGUGGCGAAGAUAAUCAAGAGACAUAAGAAAACGAUAAAAUCUUUCAAGGUAGACAGUUUCAACGAACCUGCACUGAAGAAACUCAUCUUUGAAGAUGACGAGUUGCAGCUGGAAAAGGUUGUCCUUGGAGAAUUGAAGCUUCGCAGAGACGAUCAAGUAUUCUACAACUUUAUGACAAAGCAAUGCAAAAUCAAGAAACUUGAAAUUGCUCUCGAAUCAUCUCUGAAUUCUAACAACGAUCAAUACCUGAAGGCAAUAUGCGACAAUCUGCAACAACUGGCACAAUUUUACUUGGACAUAUCCAGAAAUUCGGACAGCGGUCUUGAAUACCUCCAGCAACUUCACAAAUUGAAAAACCUCGUCCUAACGAAAAAUCGUAACACGGUUUCACUCACACAACACUGCUUCGAUCAUAUCUUCAUGCCCAAUCUUAGAUCGCUCGGGAUAUAUUACAAGGAGCUUGCGCUGCCAGCAGUACAGCAAAUUCCUGUCAGUUUCCCGAAUCUGAUGGCGCUCAAUCUAAGCGAAUGCGAGAAAGCCGUCACGGAUGAAACAGUCCAGCUAAUCUUUCGGUCUCUUCCGGCACUGGAAAGUUUGGAUCUAAGCAAAUGUAAACAGAUUACCGAGAGGGCAUUCCUCGGAACGACCGGAAUCAGUAAUCUGAAGAAACUGAAGGAUCUUGUGCUGGAGAAGUGCGACGGUAUGACGCACCUGUCGCUGGCGGCCUUCGAUAACCCCGCGUUGAAGAGUAUCAGUUUGGCAAUGUGCAACAGAAUAACGAAUGAGGGCUGGCAGCAGCUGUGUUUGAAGUGUCCAAACUUGACCUGGCUCAACGCUUCCCAGUGUCGGAAUUUUGACGACGAGUCUGCACGGAUUGUAGCCACCAUGCUGACGGAGUUGGAAACUUUAAAUUUGUUCAAGAACGGUUCGUUGACCAACGAGGCAGUUUACUACAUUGUGGAGAACUGUCGCUAUUUGGAGGACCUUUGUCUAACCAAGUGUCGUGGUGUAAAGCUGAAGAAGCAUGAAUAUUUUGACGAAAAAAUGGAUCGUGUCAACAAGGAUUGCUUGAAAAACCGAAUAAAGCGAUUGCCGUGAUCGGCUCCUUAAUUAACAUAUACAAUUUUGUUUACAUGAAAUGAAAUACACAGCAGAAGUGAAAAUCGUAUUAGAUAAGAUUGAAAUUCACUGUACGCUUAAUAGAUAUCUCAAUAGAGUUAUCACAUAUAUUUUUCAACAGCAACUUGUGUACAGUCUC